AUGAAUUCGCAUACCAUCAGUGCUCUUAUUUUAAUAUGUUUAUGUCUUGUUCGUGAACCUAUUGCUACACAUACAAGCAUUGUAUCCGGAGGAUUUCUGAUUUAUAGAACGAUUUCAAUUACUCAACAAGCUUGCAAUUGCUCGAUGUCUUUCUCCUGUUCUUGCUGUCAAAGUGUGAUCAUUCAAUAUACUAAAGAGAAAAAGGAUCUAUGUGUGAAUUUCACAUAUCAGAGAAACGGAUUGAACAUCGAUGUCACGCUGAGUUCGGACACAAUCAGCACCAGAACAAUCACGAACCUGAAAGCAUUGAAUUUUUGCGUGAACGUUCCCAAUUGCAUGUUCUCGACUGCAUGUAUCAACAUCUUGGAGUUGAACCUACUUCCUACAUCCAUCACGGCUUGCCUUCGCCUAGACAUUUAUGCUACGAAACAACUUUGGCAGAUCAAUUAUAAUUGUAUAAGUGUAUCAAUGCAGCUGCCGAUGAUGCCAAUGAAUAACACGACAAGAAUGACAGCCAUGGCGAACGGGGAAAUGUCCACGAUAGGAAAUGGACAAAUGGAACAAUCGUAAAU